GUUGCCAGAAUCUAUGCAAAAGGCCAAGGUCUGUUAUGCAAGAGUCAUUUUCAAGCACCAGCAAGGACUCAAUUGGAAAUGCAGGUGGUUUCUUACCCUUUUGGAAUGAAUACACUCUGAAGGAAUCGAAGAAGUGGUGGUUACCUGAAAAGACCAUUUUUGUCACUUUAGAUCCAAACUUGUGGAAUAGAUCUUUGAAAAAACUGGGAUAUGGCUCAUGGUAUUCACAUGACAUAAUAGAUUAUACUCUGCUGCCAAUUGCAAAAGAAGAAAAGAAACCACCCAAGCGAUUCAAAAGUUCUAAGAAGAAAGUAAUAAAACUUCCAGCAGGCAAGAAGGACUUACGUGCUCAAUGUCUUAAUGCUAUAAACUUUCAGAAUAAAACAGAACUUGAAUGGAUUUUAGAAACACCUUAUAAUAUACGAGGUGAAGCAAUGAAUAACUUACUUAAAGGAUAUGCAUCUAAUUUUGCUACAAAUCAUAAAAACUUUAAAAUGAAGUUUCAUUCUAAAAAAGAUCAACAGCAAUCAAUUACAAUACUUUCUAAACAUUGGAGUAAAUCUCAUGCAAAAUCUCUUUCAAAACAACUUGAAUAUGAUAGUCGUCUUGUUAUAAAUCGUCUUAGUAAAUUUUACCUUUGUAUACCUGAGCUACUUAAAAUACGGGCUGAGAACCAAGGUCCUUUAUUUUCAGAAAAUCAAGAAAAGAUUUAUAGAAAAGAAAACAAACGUAAACGUACAGAUCGUAAAUCCAAACAAUUAUUAGAUAAGAAAGUUGGUGUGAGUACUGUUAAUGAAUUUGUAAACACCAGAAGUAAAGAUAUCAAAGCCAUUAAAGUGGAUAAAGCAUUUAUUGAGCUCAACUUUUGUGAGUUGAGCCCAACUUCAUUAGUUGAGCUCAACUUUUACGAGUUGAGCCCAACUUUUAUUGAUCGAGCUCAACUUUUAUUAGUUGAGCUUAACUUUUACGAUUUGAGCCCAACUUUUAUUAGUCAAGCUCAACAUUACAAGUUGGACCCAACUUUAUUAGUUGAGCUCAACUUUUACGAGUUGAGUUUAACUUUUAUGAGUUGA